UUGUCGUUGUAGCUCAGCACGCAUGCGUACAUCGAAACGUUGGCUCUGCGCUGUUCUUGCUAGUUUUGCUCGUAAUUCUUCAUCACAAAUAGCAUAAUUUAGCCUUUAAAUAUGUCCACAAGUGACUUCUAUUUGAGGUAUUAUGUCGGACACAAGGGAAAGUUUGGACACGAGUUUCUGGAAUUUGAAUUCAGACCUGACGGUAAGCUGAGGUACGCAAACAACAGCAACUACAAGAAUGACGUCAUGAUCAGGAAAGAGGCAUAUGUUCACAAAAGUGUGAUGGAGGAACUGAAACGCAUCAUUGAUGACAGUGAAAUCACCAAGGAAGAUGAUGCACUGUGGCCGCCUCCUGACAGGGUUGGAAGACAGGAGUUGGAGAUUGUCAUUGGAGACGAGCACAUUUCAUUCACAACUUCCAAAAUUGGCUCCUUGAUUGACGUCAACCAGUCAAAGGAUCCUGAAGGACUUCGUGUGUUUUACUACCUGGUCCAGGAUCUUAAAUGUCUCGUCUUCAGUCUGAUUGGGCUUCACUUCAAGAUCAAGCCCAUCUAGAAUGUGUAGAAGGAACAUUUUGGUUACGUUAGCUGAUUUUGUUGAACUACCGCUUUUGUACAUUUGUUUUUGGUGGAAACUUUUAUUUUGAAUAAACAAUGAAAAUAGAA